GGUAGGGCGGCGCAAACGCCACCGUGGCGCGUUCUGUGGAGCGACGUCAACCCGCACAUGCAGCCAACAGGUCGGGCCAACAAGGCUACAUCGACAGCACACCGUUGUAGAUAAGCUGGGUUUGCUCCAUUUGUCAAGGCAAGUACAGCAUUCAUGUUCCUUACUGUCGACCAGCGAUGUCUGCCAAAGCUCCGCCACCGCCUUUACCUCCACGCGAGAGCAGCAGUAUGCCACAAUCUCCCUUAGACGCGCCUCCUCCUUAUAACCCACCGUCUCCCGCAUCAACAGUCUCGGCAGGACUAUGGAGCUCCCAGGACCCUCGUUCUUCAUCCAUGCAAAGUCUGUUACCCGAGUAUACCGAACACGACGGUGGUCGUCGAAGGUUACUGCUCAUCUAUAUCCACGGCUUUAUGGGCGAUGAGAUGUCCUUUCGGUCUUUCCCGGCACAUCUACACCAUUUGCUGACUGUUUUGCUGUCGGAUACGCAUGUUGUGCACACCAAGGUCUACCCUCGCUAUCGUUCGAAGCGCAACAUCUCUUUUGCGCGAGAUGACUUCAGCCGGUGGCUUGAACCUCACGAGGAUUGGCAGACCGACGUUGUGCUUCUAGGCCACAGCAUGGGUGGCCUUCUAGCGGCAGAGAUUGCCCUUAUGCCAUCUCCAGAUCCGGCAAGUCGGGCACUGAAGCAUCGAAUACUGGGCACUAUCAACUUCGAUGUGCCGUUCUUGGGUAUGCAUCCCGGAGUAGUUCGCUCAGGUCUAUCGAGCAUAUUCAUGCCCGCGGAAGAGACUCACGAGGACAAGUUCUCACCAACGCUAUCACCGGUUUCGACAACCAACAGCAUAUCUGCUUCCGCAAUGGCUUCUGCGGAACAGCUCCCUGACGCUCUAUGGAGGCCAGAAGAAAACGAUCCCACUUACAACCCGUCAUUUCAGAACGAUGUUGUUCUACCCAUUCGAAAAGGGUGGAAGAGCGCUUGGCACUUCAUCAACAAGCACUCAUCUAACCUGACCGAGCUGGGAAAUGCGACUAAGAAGUUGAUUUCUUCGCAUAUGGAAUUCGGCGGAGCGAUGGCCAAUUACGACGAACUUAAUCGACGCUACGUGAGGAUACGAGCGCUCGAGGAGGAUGAUGCAGCGAUAAGGAAGUCUGUUGUCGCGGAAGGGCCGGCACCGCCACGGGUACGCUUCGUGAAUUAUUACACCGCCAGCACUGGCAGGCCGAAGAAGGUGAAGCCCAUAGAGGCAAGCAAAUCUCAGGAAUUGGUGGCGGACGAGGGUGCUGCACACAACAAUGCUACUUCGCUGGUGAGUAAGAACGCAGCGUUGACCGACGGUAACAAGCCAGCAAGUCCUCGCAUAUCCCUUGAGGAGUGUCGAGAUGACGGCAGCAUCAUUGAGAAGCCAAUCGCCGAAGACUCUGACACACUGGAGGAGGAGCAAUGGGGCGAUGCAGCGGAGACACUUACAAUACAAGAUCCGCGGCCAGUGUCCGAUGAUGAGACCGACGCGGAUAUAAGCAGCGAGCCAACGGCAGAUUUGUCUCCCAUCGCGUCCGUCGAUCAAGAGUCAACAUUGCCACCAAUUCCGGAGUUACCACCCGCGCCUCCGCCGCUUGAUGUGUCGUACAUACAAGACGCAUCUACGCGGAAACUGGUCGAAAAGGAACACUCCCGAGCGCUCAAAGCUCACGAACAAGCGAUGAAGAAUCGCGAGAAAGCUAUCCGUGACCGAGCGAGGCUUGCCGAGAAGGUGCGAGCACAAUCGCAGAAGGACGCACAGAAAGUGCAGAAGGAUGCCAAGAAGGCGCAAAAGGAUGAGCUGAAAGCCGACCAAAAGGCUCAUGAGCAAAGACUCGCAGAGGAGCGAAAGCAGGGCAAGCAGCCUAUGACGCAGCAGCAGAAAGAAGAAUUGAGGCUGCAGCAGGAGACAGCACGUAUGGAAGCAGAGGCGCGACGGCUUAGAGGCGAGCCAGAACCGAGAACUGUCGAAGACUCUAAUACUGUAUUGACAGCGUCAGAAACGAGCGGUGACCGAACCCUGCAAAGCAGUAAAUCUGCCAUGUCUGCCCGGGACACUGCCCCUUCCAUUCUGAGUAGGACUACUACAGGUACAUCCUCAAUGCAGCCUUCUGCCGAGCAUAGCCAACAGCAGCAACACGAUCGCAAAUUCUGCAUGCUCCCGCCCAAGGACGCUUCAGGUCAGCGAGAUCCUUGCUGGGUCCGCAUCUUCAUGGAGAACGUGGAUGAAGUGGGUGCGCACUGUGGACUUUUCUUCAUAGAUGAGCGCUACGAAAGGCUUGUCGGAGACGUCGCGGAAAGAAUCGAAGGCUGGGUGUUUGAGGCUAUCAGCCAAGGCGUGGCGAGCAGCGAGAAGAGCUAAGCAGCAGUGCUCUGACGACCCGUUUGUACACGAUUUCCCGGCAUCAUUUGUUGAGCCGACUUCUACCAAGCGACGCUCAAGCGCUGACCUCAUGAGACAACCCUGUGAAAUCAUCGUGAACAAAACCCAGGACCUCAAUGUCUUUUGGCAGUAGUGGGUCAGCUUUGAUCAAGGCGACGUCUUCUCUGACACUGGCCU